GACAUAAAUAUGGCCGGUGCCGUUUAGGCUAUAGAUAUACAUAUAUAUACACGCAUGAGUCUCGAACUUACCACCUCAAGAUUGUCGUUUCUUUUACUUUCAUUUAUAGUCUUUGCAGAGGAUCGGGGAAGAGGAAAAGAAUGUGGAGGCUGAAGAUAGCAGAAGGAGGGAAUGACCCACAUAUUUACAGUACAAAUAACUUUCUGGGAAGACAAAUAUGGGAGUUUGAUCCUGACGCUGGUGCACCUGAAGAACGAGCUCAGGUUGAAGAAGCUCGCCAACAUUUUUGGAAUAACCGCUUCCAAGUUAAGCCAAGUUCUGACCUCCUUUGGCAAUUCCAGAUUCUAAAGGAGAAAAACUUCAAACAAACAAUUACAAAAGUGAAGAUUGAGGAUGGCAAGGAAAUUACAAGUGAAGAUGCUAGAAACGCUUUGAGGAGGAGUGUACACUUGAUGUCAGCCUUGCAGGCAAGCGAUGGCCAUUGGUGUGCUGAAAAUGCUGGUCCAAUGUUCUAUUUGCCUCCAUUGGUCUUUUCUCUGUAUAUUACAAACCAUCUUAAUAUUGUGUUCUCUGCAGAACACCGAAAAGAAAUUCUACGUUAUAUAUACUGUCAUCAGAAUGAAGAUGGAGGAUGGGGAUUACAUAUAGAAGGUCAUAGCUCAAUGUUCUGUACAGUUCUUAAUUAUAUAUGUAUGCGAAUUCUUGGGGAAGGACCUAAUGGCGGCAAAGAUAAUGCUUGUGAAAGAGGACGGAAGUGGAUUCUUGAUCAUGGUAGUGCAACUGCCAUAAGCUCUUGGGGAAAAACUUGGCUAUCUAUACUUGGUCUGUACGAGUGGGAAGGAUGUAAUCCUAUGCCCCCAGAGUUUUGGGUAUGUCCAACAAUUUUUCCAAUGCAUCCAGCAAAAAUGUUUUGCUACUGUCGACUCACUUACAUGCCUAUGUCAUACUUGUAUGGGAAGAGGUUUGUUGGUCCAAUCACACCACUCAUUUUACAAUUAAGAGAAGAAAUCUAUAACGAGUCUUAUAAUAAGAUCAAAUGGAAGACAUUGCGCCAUUUAUGUGCAAAGGAGGAUAAUUACUACCCUCAUACUUUGGUGCAAAUAUUAAUGUGGGAUGCUCUUUACAUGUUCAGUGAGCCUCUUUUUACUCGAUGGCCAUUCAAUAAAUUGAGAAAGAAGGCUCUCAAACUAACAAUGGAUCACAUUCAUUACGAAGAUGAAAAUAGUCGAUACAUUACCAUUGGAUGCAUUGAAAAGUCUUUAUGCAUGCUUGCUUGUUGGGAUGAAGAUCCUAAUGGGGAAGCUUUUAAGAAGCAUCUUGCUAGGGUUCCGGAUUACAUAUGGGUUGGAGAAGAUGGAAUAAAGAUGCAGAGUUUUGGCAGCCAAUUGUGGGAUACAAGUUUCGCCCUCCAAGCUUUGAUUGCUAGCAACCUUUCUGAUGAAAUAGGACCUACACUUAAGGAAGGACAUAACUUUAUAAAGAAUUCUCAGGUUACUGAGAAUCCUACCGGUGACUUCAAGAGCAUGUUUCGUCAUAUAUCCAAAGGAUCAUGGACUUUCUCUGAUAAAGAUCAGGGAUGGCAAGUUUCUGAUUGCACCGCAGAAGGUUUGAAGUGUUGUCUACUUUUUUCCAUGAUGCCCUCUAACAUUGUUGGCGAGAAGAUGGAACCUGAGAAGCUGUUUGAUGCUAGUAAACAUGGUGGUUCAUCAGCUUGGGAACCUGUAGAAGCAAGAUUAUGGUUGGAGUGGCUCAAUCCUGUGGAGUUCCUUGAAGGCCUUAUAAUUGAGUACGAGUAUGUGGAGUGCACUUCUGCAUCAAUUCAAGCAUUAGUUCUGUUUAAGGAGUUAUACCCGGGGCAUAGGACAAAAGAUAUCGAAAAUUUUAUACAAAAUGCUACAAGGUCCCUUGAAGACGAACAAAAGCCUGAUGGUUCAUGGUAUGGAAAAUGGGGAAUAUGUUUCAUUUACGCUACCUGGCUUGCACUUAAAGGGUUAGCUGUUGCUGGAAAGACAUAUGAGAAUUGUUUGGCUAUUCGGAGAGGUGUUGAUUUUCUACUUAAGUUACAAACAAAUGAUGGCGGAUGGGGAGAGAGUUACCUUUCUUGCCCAAAGAAGGUAUAUGUUCCUCUAGAAGAUAACCGAUCAAAUUUAGUACAUACUGCAAUGGCUAUGAUGGGUCUGAUUCAUGGUGGGCAGGCGAAAAGAGACCCUACACCUCUAUAUCGUGCUGCAAAAUUGUUGAUCAAUUCUCAAACUGAACUUGGUGAUUUUCCACAACAGGAACAAAUAGGAGUAUUCAUGAGGAAUUGUAUGUUACACUAUGCAGCAUAUCGAAAUAUUUUUCCCUUGUGGGCAUUAGCAGAGUACUGUCAACAUGUUUCUUUACCCUCUAAAAAUAUAUGAAUCAAGUGAAGAAAACACCUACUAAAGUUACAAUAUAUUUGAAUAGAAGCUAAUGUAUUAAAAUUUAGAUACCUGCUCGAUGGAGUUAAUUUAAUUGUACUAAUGGAGUUAAUGUAAAUUCUUACAAAAACCAUAAAGCUAUAUCUCUUAUAUG